AUGGACAAAGCGAUACAGGCGAAGGAUUGCGAGAAGGCUUCAGUCGGCUCAGGAAAAGACACGAGGCGUCUGUUUAGGAGAAGGUUGGCCCAAGCAACUGUCGCAAGCCUCCGAACUCAGGGCAAAUCAGUUCGAGACAUAGCAGCCUUCAAUAGUGUUUGUGGCCAUGUUGAAUCUUACCUUCGCGAAAACCGCAGCUGUGGCAUCAACGAUGUGGUUGAGCACCUCCAGGAAUUAGAGGUAUUUGAUGACAACAGCGAGGACUGCGAAACCUUCAACGCAAUGCAACUCCUUGUUUUCUCAGCCCUGGGGUGGAAAUCCAUGGUCUACCAGCCGGAAUUUAACGUCUGCAGCCCCGAUAAGCUGGCCAAUCAUGACGGCAACGGUCCAGAUUCUGGUCUAGUCUUCGACGUGUACAAUGUGCCAGCCGACAUGUGCGUUCGCCCAUUGUUCGUCCUGCUGAAAUGCUUCGGAAACCUCCUGCCCGCCCGCUCCAGUAGCAGCACUCAAUUUGCAGUCGAGACGAGCAAGACCGCCGCUUCUUGGGCCGCGCUGUACCCAAGCGAGGUGAAUGCCUACUUGUUACAUACGCUGCUAGGCGUGCGUUUCCGCUGGGUUGACUCGAUUGCGCUACAUCUCGACUACGACAAGUCAAGUCGCACGCUUUCCAUAUUCUGCUUUCCGUCAAUCUGCGCUUCUCAGCUGGAAUCACGCAGCGGCACCAUCUUUGCGUUUGCCAGCACUGAGAGAAACGGAGUAGAUCCUCGCGCUGACGAAGAUGACAUUGCUCAUCUACUGGAAGAGAUUCUCCUGUCAUACCGAUUGCUAUUCGGCCAAUGCGAAAAGUCCAGAAAGUUUUUCCGGCUCGUCUUUGACUCAGCCAACUUGCCGUUUCCCCAGCCCGACACCCUUCUGCACGUCCUUUGUGGACAGCGCCAGCUCAGUCAUGAUGCUUACCAUGCAAACUUGCUGCCGAGGGACCGCCGAGUUUAUUAUGCGGCGCGGGACUUCCCUGUUUUAUAUGAGAGAGUUGAGUUGCUGGCAAAGGAACUGAGCGGGGGCAGACCGAGGUCAAUGUCGGGACUCCUCCGUGAUCGACGAGACACUUUACAAUUUUGGACCUUUUGGCUGGUCGCCUUGUUUGGGGGUUUAAGUAUUUCGCUGGCUACCAUCCAGACGAUAUUGCAGGCUAUCCAGAUUGCUCAACAAGCUGGAAAGAUAUAG